AGUUAGGCAACUCAUGCUCUACGGUAGUAGUAACAAAGAAAGCUGUCCCUCUCUUUCGUCGGAUUGGCAGAGGCAACCCGGUUAAGGUCGGAGACUGCGUGGCUAUAGACUAGAGAGAGAGAGAGAGAGAGAGAGGCGAAAGGGUUGCCCGUGAGAAUUCAGAGAGAGAGAGAGAGAGAGAGAAGAGAGAGGGCAAAUGUUCACUGCAGUGAAUUUGCAGGUUCCAAGCCCUGUAAUCAAGUCAAACUGCAACCUAUCCUUCGCCGCUCGGCGGCUUUCGACUCUCCGGCUGCCGAACCGCGCGUUGGCUUCUCUCUCUUUUCAAUCCGUCAAUGCCCCAUCGGAGACGUCAACGUCCUCUCACUUCACUUCCACCGUCGGAUCUCCGCCCCCCUCUUCGCUUCAGCUAAACUUCAAUCAACGUCACAUCACAGUGCUCAACCUCAUCGCUUGUGUGACAGCAAUUUCUGCAACUUGGCUCUUUUGCUCUGCAAUCCCAACUCUUCUGGCUUUCAAGAAAGCAGCAGAGUCAGUAGAGAAACUAAUGGACGUUGCACGAGAAGAGCUGCCUGAUACAAUGGCUGCUGUCCGAUUAUCUGGCAUGGAGCUCAGUGACCUGACAAUGGAGCUCAGUGACCUGGGCCAGGGGAUAACUCAAGGUGUUAGAAGCUCGACUCGAGCUGUCCGCGUAGCUCAGGAAAGAUUGAGCCAGAUGACGAACAUGGCUCCAUCAGGAUCAGGAGGUAGCCACUCUGGAAAUCAAGACACAAGUACCAAUGGUAGCUAAAACUGCAAGAGGCACGAGGGAGGCGAUUGUUAAAAGUCGCUCAUUCUUUCAAAACUUUUGUACCCUUGUAAGGUUUUCUAGGAUGGCCUUUAACUACUUCUCUUCUCGGUCUAAACAGUAAAUCUGGAUACACAAACUCUCUCUUUCUUUCUGGGGUGCAUUAGUUUCUAGGUUCGGGGUUACGCUUCUGAUAGAUUGGGGCUGAGUGUUUGCAAAAUUACCUGGGUGUUAUGCUAUUAGGUAUUAUAGACCUAAAAUUUUGGCUUAAGGGAACUAGAGAGGUGAAACGGCAUUCCCGUUCUCCCGUUCUUGUCUGGUAUUUGCCAAUUGCUUUAUUUCCUGUUUUCACUCAUGUUUGCAACUUCAAAACCUUGAUCUAUGUGAUUUUCCAACUGCUCUUGGAUACCUUUUCUUUUA